AGCCCGAGGUUGGGAGCAGCAUGGAACUCUCCGGAGACCAGCUGGCCACGGCCGCGGCCCGGGGCCGCGUGGAAGAGGUGCGGGCGCUGCUGGAGGCCGGGGUGGCCGCCGACGCAGUGAACCGUCAAGGGCGCAGGCCGAUUCAGGUCAUGAUGAUGGGCAACACCCGCGUGGCAGAGCUGCUGCUGCUCCACGGGGCAGAGCCCAACAGGGUGGACCCCGCCACCCUCACCCGACCCGUGCACGACGCGGCCCGGGAGGGCUUCCUGGACACGUUGGUGAUGCUGCACCGGGCCGGGGCGCAGCUGCAUGUGCGCGAUGCCUGGGGCCGGCUGCCCGUGGACCUGGCUGAAGAGCGGGGCCACUGGGAAGUCGCGCGAUACCUGCGCGCGGCUGCUAGGGCCCCUGAGAGUGGCAGCUAAGUGAAUUCAGGCAGGCCUGAUGUCCACGCUCCAGCUCAAAAGAUGGAAGAUUGCCAGACCUGUGCCACCUCAUCUAAUGCUGCUCUGCUUUUUUUUCUCCCUGCUUUUUUUUUUUUGCAUUGCCUCCCUGCCCCUGCAAACUUCCAUUUUUGUUAUCGCUUAUAUAACACUAUAAAAGGUCUUUUUAAAGCCCAAA